UUUAAAUAAUAUUUAUUAAAGUUUUGUUUUAAAUAAUUUUAAUUAUUUAUUAUUUGUUGUUAUUAACCGCGAGUGUAAAAAAUGUCGUUUGGUUGUAAAAGAAAAUCUGUGGAAUCAAUUCCGCUGGAGGAAAAAAGAAAAAAAGUUGAUUAUAAUCGCAACUACAAGCGCGUGCUGAAUAACAGUUAUCUUAUUGAUAGUGAUUCUGACGCCAGUGAUGGGAUUGUGUUCUCUGAUGAUGAGCCUGAUGGGGCUAUUGAUGUGGAUAAUCCUGGACCGAGUACGUCGGCCAAUCAGCUUAAUGGUCCUAAUAAUGCUUCCGACGCGGGUAUAAUUAAUCUUGAAGUGGUAAAAGAAGAAAUUGUUGAUGGUCUUGAUUCCGAUUCAGAUAACUCUGAAAAUGAUUCAGACGAGAUGAAUGAAGAAUUUAAUCUAAAUAACCUUCCAAAAUUCGAUUCCUUUGAAGACAAAUUCGACCCGGAGAUAGCUUCAAAGACCGAAGAAUUAAUAAAAGAAAUAGAAGCCACGGAAAAAGAAAUCGAGCACUAUCGCACAAUUAUCGAAACUUGCGACUUAGAUAAGCUCCAAGACAAAGGCCAGCGUCAAAAAGACAUGCUAGAGUUCAAAGAAUCUGAGCUUGACCGUCUGCGAAAAGAGUACGAUACGGUUUUAUCAACCAAAGACAGUCAAACUCAAUCCCCUGGAUCCCGCCUGUCCAUGAAGAAGCUCCAAGUGUUGCAUGGCACUCUCUUAACCUGCCCAAGUGAAAACCAGCGUGAGAAAACCCCAGAAGGCAUCAAGACCCAGCUGAAGCCUCACCAAGAGCACGCGUUGGCCUGGUUGCUCUGGCGAGAACGUAAGAACCCUCCCAGUGGCAUCCUCGCCGAUGAUAUGGGUCUUGGAAAGACCCUGACAAUGAUUUCUCUGAUUGUAAAAACAAACGAAGACCACUUAGAUUCUGAGGAUGAAGAUCCACCCGCUAGUACCUCAAUAUCAGACCCGGAGUCUGUCUCGGUACCCAAAGUCGCUCAGGUGAAAGGAAAAACCCUGGUGAUCUGUCCAGCAUCCCUGCUUCAGCAGUGGAAGAACGAGAUAAAAAAUCACUGCCAUGAAAACAUUUUAAUGGCUAAAAUUUACCACGGAACCCAGCGAACCUGCGACCGUCGUCUGCUGGCGCGUUACGACGUCGUAAUAACGACCUACAACCUAGUAGCACGCAACGUUUUCGUUAUCGCUGCUAUUUUGCUGGAGAGGCAUCUUCAAAGCGUGGCUAAUUAUUUGAUACUCUCAUUAGCGGUUGCUGAUUUAUUAGUAGCUUGUCUCGUUAUGCCUUUGGGAGCCGUGUACGAAGUAUCCCAUGAAUGGACACUCGGUCCUGACAUAUGUGACAUAUGGACAAGUACUGAUGUUUUAUGUUGCACUGCGUCAAUUCUCCAUCUGGUGGCCAUCGCUUUGGACAGAUACUGGUCGGUAACAAACGUCGAUUACAUCCAUCACAGAACAGGAAAACGAAUCGGAAUAAUGAUCGCGGUGAUUUGGCUGGUGGCAUUUCUCGUUUGCAUAGCGCCUCUUCUUGGAUGGAAAGACCCUCACUGGUACAAAAGAGUCGAGGUCGACAAGACCUGCCUCGUCAGUCAAGAUAUCGGUUAUCAGAUAUUCGCAACAGUAUCAUCGUUUUAUCUUCCACUUUUGGUCAUCCUCAUCCUUUACUGGAGGAUACUCCAGACGGCGCGAAAGCGCAUUCGCAGAAGAGUCGGGCAACCGAUCAAUGCCCAAGGCGCGACCAAGACGAUGGAGUUCAAGACUAUGUCGAUGGACACCGGUCACGCAGUCGGAAAUGCAUUGGCACAGGCCCAGGUAUCCGGUGGAAUUGCGGCCGCUGUUGUAACUGUUAUCGGGAGACCACUCCCCACGAUUUCCGAGACUACAACAACAACAACGGCAUUCACUACAGUAAGCUCAAACAAUACAUCACCUGAAAAAACAUCAUAUCAUAAUGGUCUAGAGCCAGAGCCAUCAACCAUGGAUGGGUUACCAGCAAAACCUGCAGUGGUGAUUCGUAAAAAAAAAAAAGCCGCUGAAUCUAAACGCGAACGUAAAGCCGCUAAAACGCUAUCCAUUAUUACUGGGGCUUUUAUUAUUUGUUGGGCGCCAUUUUUUGUGAUAGCAAUAUUGUUGCCCGUUUGUCAAUCCUGCAACAUCAACGUUUAUCUCAUUGCAUUUUUCCAAUGGCUCGGGUACUUCAAUUCAACUUUAAAUCCAGCUAUCUACACAGUAUUUUCACCAGAAUUUCGAAGUGCUUUUAAGAAAUUACUUUGCCGAAGACGGAGAGCUGUAGGUAGAAGGAUGGGUGUGAGACACUAUAUGUAGGAUUGGGUGUAGGGUGGAGGCAAUAGCUCUCGCGUGCUUUACAGAUCCGAUGCUCCCAGUGUUACAUUUGCUUUAACUCACUCAACAAUUGUUUUUUAACUUACCGCUUCAAUUUUUCACCAUCAAUCCAAAUCAACAGUCAAUAAUAACCCAGCUUUUCAAUUAAACCUAAAAAGCAAUAGGAUAUGGACUAUUUUUAUUAAAAAAAAAAUAAAAAAUAAUAAAUAAAUAAUUAAUAUAAAGUAUUUUUAUAAAAUAAAAUAUUAAUAAUUUAAUAAUAUAAACUAUUAAAGAACAACGAGCGUCUGUAAAUCACGUGAUGAAGCUAUAGUAUGUGCAGUACAAACUGUUGCACAAAAUUAGUGACUUCCCACCCUACCCUUAGAAUACAUGAGCACAAAGUAUAUAUAUAUAUAACCUGCUAAGGUACUCGAUUCCUGUUUUAUGUUUGUUGCUUUAUGAUUACGUCCGAAAGUUUUGCUUUCUACGAACAAACUAAAUCUCACACUAAGUUAAUAACAAUCUACUGUUGCGUUUCCGCCAUUUUUACUUCCAUUAUUUUUAACACAUACGCGCUCGAUCAUAAUAGCUAACAAAUAACCUCUAAAAUUAAUUAUUUAUUGCUUUGCAAUAUUUUAAAUCUAAUGCUAAUAAAUUUAAUGACUGACUGUGUACAUAAAUUCUCAAAUAAUUCUAUAGUUAGGUUACUAACUUUAAAUUAAAACUUGUCUAUUAUUUCUUCCGAAUAUGUACAUACAAUAUGUUACGUUUGUUUGAUAGUUAGAUUACUUGGCUGAAUGGUGUAAUUGAGUUUGGUUAUUGAUUUAGCGCAAACUUCCGAUAUUUCUGCUAAUUAAAAAACUCUUAAAUUGCCAAAGGUACGGAUUUUUGUUGGAUUCAUGUCAAUUAAUGUUGGAAAACUUUGUUUUUUUAUUUCAAGAGAAGGAAAAAUAAGCCCAACACUGCCAUUAAAUUUAUCUACGAUAAAGGACCAUUUUAUUUUUCUUCUUUAUUUUAUCUUAAGAUCAGUCUGGUUUAAUUUUUUCAAUUAAAAUAAGGGGUUAUCCAUAAAUUACGUCACACUUUAAAAGGGGGGGGGUAUCAUCAGAAUGUGACAAGGAACAGGGAGAGGGGGGGGUCAAAAGCUUUGUGACGUCACAUGUUAAAAUUUAAAAUACUCAGACGUGAAACUUACAUGUGAAUAAAUAACUUUAAAUAUUUAUAAACUCGAUCUAUAUUUAUUAAUACUUUAGCACUCUUGUUAUGAGAUUAUCUCUCACGCAACAACAUCUAACUUCUAAAGCGGGGUUGUAAUGCAAGUAAGAUACUACAAUUCUCAAGAGUUCUGAAUAGUAAGGGUCUGAGUAGAUUUAAAUCGUGAGUCCAAAGUCCAUGGGCACAAGAUGAUUAAGUUUUGCACCUUUAAUUAACAUAAUUGGUCGUUUAUUGUUCUUAACUAGUCGUUUGUUUUCAGUUUUAUCUAAAAUAUUUUACUUUGUGUUGAUUUUAUGAAAGACUAGCCGUCUCUCGCCCGCUUCGCUGGGCGAAUCACAUAGAACUUAAUACAUUUUUUUUCUUCAUGUUUUUGUGUUGUUUUU